AUGAACAAAAACGGAACCGCUAAAAUGAAUGAUAAUCAAAUUAGAGCAGAAGGUAGAAGGUUAUUUAAACGCUUCUAUAACAUUCCUGAUGGUGUUAAUCCUAAAACUCGUAGAAGUUAUUUAAAUGAAGCAAUAGAUUCAUAUGAAGGGUUUGACAUUUCAUCAGAAAGUGAGAGAUUAGCGAGAAUGUUAAAUGUUAAUAUUGAUUUCUAUUAUUGUGAUCCUCAACCAGAAGACGUGGACAUAAAUAAGGUAGACUUUCCAUUAGUGGAUUCAAUAAUGAUAGAUCCAGAAUUUGAAACAGUAAAUAUUUUAUUAACACAGAGUCCAUGUGGAAAACUUCACGCUGACAGAAUAACAGACGUUGAAGCACUCACCGGCUAUAGAGUUUGUCCAUAUUGUAAAGAAGAAGUUUAUUCUAUCCGUGAUGAUCCAGAAAGGAAAAACCAAAGAAGAUUUUUAAAGCAUUGUGAGAAAUGUAAAGAAAAUAAUGGAAGAUUAAUUCAAGACGUUCAGUUGCAAAAGACACAGCAACCAUAUGCACCACAUAUUACGAAACAGAAGAUAUAUCAGUGGUUAUUAGCUCAUAAUUUGCAGGAAUAUUAUCAACCGACAAGAUAUUAUAUUACUUUUGACUUCGAAACAUUAGAGACUAAAGAAGAAUUACAACUUUCUGAGUGUGCAACUUUGAACGCUUACUUAAAACCAUUCAUG